AUUAUGGUCCUGGCUAAUGAGGAGAGCCAGCCUGGUGAGCUUGCACCACAUCCGUACUGGUAUGCACGUAUUGUGGGGAUCUUUCACGUCUAUGUGAGAUAUCUUGGUGCUCAGUCUCGUAGUCGAACAUCACAGCGCAUCGAUUUUCUUUGGGUGCGUUGGUUUUGCCGGGACUCAAACCACAACUCUGGUUGGGCAGCACGACGGCUGCAUCGGAUUGGGUUCUUUGAUGCACACGAAGUAGGUGCAGAAGCGUUUGGGUUCAUUGACCCACAGCAUGUCAUACGGGCUGUCCACCUAAUCCCAGCAUACAGCAAGCGCUAUACAUACUCACUACUUCCUCCGUCAAUCGCCCGACAGCCACGCGACCUUGAUGCAGACUUUAAUUGGUAUUAUGUCAAUCAAUUUGUAGACCGCGAUAUGUUUAUGCGGUUCCGUGGUGGUGGUGUCGGACAC